CUCCGCGUGGCCAGGGGGCGGGGCAGGGCUGCUGCACGCGCCGCGGCGGGAGGGAAGAUGGCGGCCGUCCGCGGGCUGGAGGCGUGCCUCCGGGUGGCGGGUGCCGCCGCGGCGCGCCCCGAGCGCUUCCUCAGUGUACAAGAUGGGCUGGCUGCUGAUUUCAGAGCAUUAACAAAGACUCUCUAUGAUAUGAAUAAAGCUCUGGGAAGUAAUAUAGUUCGUGGGGGUCCUCUAAAAGAGCUGGUGAUAGAAGAUUUUGAUGAAGAACAGAUUUGGCAACAAUUGGAGCUCCAGAACAAUGCAGUUCUGGAUUUCUUCAAGAAAUCCAUUGAAAGGGAUGCCAAGGAUGAGGAUCUUUGCCUUCUCUCAGACCAGGAAGAGGAUGGGUCUGGUGCGGAGUCCAGCAGCGACAAGGAGUUGGAAGACAACACAAUGGAAGUGGAAACUGAACAGAAGAAUAUUUAUGUAAAAGAUAAAGCCAAAGCUAAAGAAAAGCAAAGUAAACUGAGAGAAGGUAUAAUGGAGAAAUGCAGUGAUGAGGAUUCUGAUAUUGACUUUGAUAUUGAAGCACUGGAGCAACAAACAAAAACAACCAAGGAAACCACACUGAAAAAAAUGGGAAGAAAAUCUAUAGUGGAUGACAAGUUUUUCAAACUGGCUGAGAUGGAAGCUUUUUUAGAACAUGCAGAGAAGGAAAAUGAAGAGGAGGAAGAUGAUAUUAAUUAUUUUGAAGACAUCAUCUCAGAUGAUGAGGAAGAAGAGUCUGAAAAAGCUAAAGACAAAGCAAUUAAAAGUUCUAGAGACUUGACAUACAAAGAUUUCUUUGAUCUGGUCCAUGACGAUGAUGAUUUAGUAGCUAGUGAUGCUGAAGAUGAUCAGGAAGAGAAAGCAGACAGUGCUAUUGAAGAGCAAAAUGAAGAAAGCAUGUCCAAGUUUGAGGAUAUGAACGAAAUGAUGGUGAAGAGUAUGAGAAGUAAAGAUGCCUCUAAAAAAGUUACUUUUAGUUUGCCAGAUGACAGUGAAAUUGAAGCUGUUACUGAUAUGCAAUUAGAGAAGGGCAUCGAUCCCAGUGAAAUAAAGUCAUCUUUUGAGAAGAGACAGGAAAAGAUGAGCAAAAAAAUAAAAAGUUUAGAAGAAGAAUUGUUAGAGGAGAAACCUUGGCAGCUUAAAGGAGAAGUGACUGGAAAAAAGAGACCUGAAAACAGCCUUUUGGAGGAAACAGUACUUUUUGACCAUGCAGUCCGAAUGCCACCUGUGAUCACAGAAGAAAUGACUUUUCAGCUUGAAGAUAUUAUUAAACAGAGAAUACUGGAUGAGGCAUGGGAUGAUGUAGAACCAAAAGAAAAACCAAAAGAGGAGGCUUUUGAGUACAAGAAACGUAUCACUUUGGAUCAUGAAAAGAGUAAACUGAGUCUUGCUGAGAUCUAUGAGCAAGAAUACAUGAAACUUCACCAGCAAAAGACUGAAGAGGAAGAAAAUCCUGAACACAAAGAGAUUCAGGAAAUGAUGGAUUCACUCUUCCUGAAGCUGGAUGCACUUUGUAACUUCCACUUCACACCCAAACCACCUGUGCCAGAAGUUAAAAUUGUUUCGAACCUUCCAGCUAUAAGUAUGGAAGAAGUAGCUCCUGUUGCUGUUAGUGAUGCUGCUCUCUUGGCACCAGAGGAGAUCAAGGAAAAGAACAAAGCUGGUGAUGUAAAAACAGAUGCAGAAAAGACUCCCACAGACAAAAAGCGAGAACAAAGAAAGAAAAAACUUCGUAAACGUAUGAAGCGAAGAGAAAAGGAGAAACGUCAAAAGCUUCUUGAAAAGAUGAAACCAGAACAAGGCACAAAACUUAGCAAAAAAGCUGCUGCAGCAAAAUUAAAAAAGCUUACAAAAGAAGGGAAAGCAACUCUGCUCAAGGAUGAAGGUAAAGACAAGGUCUUGAAAUCGUCCCAGGCCGCCUUUUCUCAACUACAAGAUCAAGUAAAAAUGCAAAUCAAAGAUGCGAACAAAUUAAAGAAGAAACAGAAGCAGCAGAAAGCCCUCUCUGUUCAUAAGCUGAAACUGUAGUUGACAUUUUUAUACAUAUGGCAUCUUGUAUAUAUUAAAAUGUUUCUACAUGAAUGCUGAA